AUGUCUGAACCGGACAUAGACUUUUCAUUGAAGGAAACUUCACCAAACCUUGGUGGAGGAAGAGUCUCCGGCAGUGAAAAGCUUACAUCAUCAUUCGACCUUGUGGAACAGCUACAUUUUUUGUAUGUAAAAAUGGUGAGGGCCAAAGGUUUACCACCUUCACCAUGUAAUCCAUUUGUUGAAGUAAAGGUUGGUAAUUACGAAGGCACAACCAAGUCCUUGGAGAAUAACCCUGCUCCCGAGUGGAACCAAGUGUUCGCCUUCGCCAAAGAUCGAAUCCAGGCCGUCACGGUUGAGAUAACUGUGAGGAACAAAGAGAGUUCGACCAAUGUCGACAAAGUCGUAGGCAAACUCCGUUUCGAUAUACCGGACAUUCCUAGCCGUGUUCCCCCGGAUAGUCCGCUCGCGCCGCAGUGGUAUAGCUUGGAGGAUGAAAAUGGAAGCAAAGGUGAAAGAGGGGAAUUGAUGUUGGCUAUUUGGAUGGGGACUCAAGCUGAUGAAGCGUUUCCCGAUGCAUGGCAUUCAGAUGCAGCUUCCGUUAACGGCGAAAGCAUCGCGAAUACUCGAUCCAAAGUGUACAUUUCGCCUAGACUUUGGUAUCUUAGAAUCAAUAUAAUUCAAGCACAAGACUUGGUGCCUAUGAAUAACAAAAGGAUUCCUCAAGUUUAUGUGAAAGCUAUGCUUGGGAAUAUGGCUUUGAGGAGUCGGUUUUCGCCCGAUAAGAGCCUAAACCCGACGUGGAAUGAGGAUUUGAUGUUCGUCGCAGCGGAAUCUUUUGAUGAUCCGUUGAUGUUGAGUGUGGUGGAUAAGUUAAGUGAUAACAAAGAGGAAGUACUCGGGAGUUGCUCGAUUCAUUUAUCGAAAGUUGAGAAGAGGCUAAUGCCGAUACCUAUCGAGGCAAACUGGUACAAUCUCGAACAAUCCGUGCAGGACAAUCGAAACAAUAAGGAAGUAAGGUUUGCCAGCAGGCUACAUUUGAGGGUCUGUUUAGAUGGAGGCUAUCAUGUUCUUGAUGAGUCCAUUUAUUACAGUAGUGAUUUCAGGGCAACAUCCAAAUUCUUAUGGCCUCCUGCCAUUGGUGUCUUGGAGCUCGGGAUCUUGAACGCAUCUGGUUUGCUUCCAAUGAAGUCGAAAAAUGGACGUGGAACGACCGAUGCUUAUUGUGUUGCAAAAUACGGGCCUAAAUGGGUUAGAACGAGGACGAUUGUCAACAGUUUUGCUCCGAAAUGGAACGAGCAAUACACUUGGGAUGUCUAUGAUCCUUAUACGGUUAUCACCAUCGGAGUUUUCGACAACUGUCACUUGCAAAAAGGAAGUAACGCUGUAGAUUCGCAGGACCGGAGAAUUGGGAAGGUAAGGAUUCGAUUGUCUACGCUUAAUACCGAUCGGAUUUACACACUUUCUUAUCCACUUAUAGUGUUGGAACCCAAUGGAGUGAAGAAAACAGGUGAAAUUCAAUUGUCAGUGAGAUUUACAUGCUCAUCUACAUGGAAUCUAUUACAAUCUUAUACGCAACCUUUGUUUCCCCAAAUGCAUUACCUUCUUCCGUUAUCCGUAUAUCAAAUCGAGAGUUUAAGGCACCAAGCUACACAUACUCUAUCCUCUAGAUUGCGUCGUGCCGAGCCACCGUUACAGAGCGAAGUUGUGGAGUAUAUGCUGGAUGUUGGCUCCAAUGUGUGGAGUUUAAGAAGGGGGAGAGCUAAUCUUGAAAGACUCUUGGCAGCAUUUAAUCUACUUGUUGAAGCAUGGAAAUGGUUCGAUCAGAUACGGAAAUGGAAGAAUCCGAUCUCGACAAUGGCGGUUCACUUUCUAUAUUCGAUGUUAAUACUUUUCCCUGAUAUGAUAUUACCCUUAGUUUUUCUCAUGUGUGUUGUACAUGGAGCUUCACAGUACAGGAAAAGGCCAAGACAUCCUCCACACAUGGAUACUAAGUUGUCACUCGUUGAGUCCGUGCAGUCCGAUGAUUUCGAUGAGGAGUUCGACACAUUCCCAACUUCAAAAAACGUGAAAGUUCUUAAAAAGAGGUAUGAUCGGCUGAGAAGCAUUGCGGGGAGGAUGAUGACUAUAAUCGGAGACUUGGCAACUCAAGCUGAGAGGCUUAAUUCUAUGCUAAGCUGGAGAGAUCCCAGAGCUACUUCAUUGUUUAUGGCAUUUUGUUUAAUAGCUUGCAUAGCAUUCUAUUUGGUUCCUUGGCGCUUAUUUGCACUCGGAUUCGGGUUUUUUGGGAUGAGACAUCCUCGGUUUCGAAUCAGCAUUCCUUCAAUGCCCCAAAACUUCUUCAAAAGAUUGCCUGCAAGAACAGAUAGUAUGAUAUGAGACUGAGG